CGCUGGUUCAAAAGUUUUUGAAACUAUUGAUCGUGUUCCUCCGAUAGACAUUGCUUCUGAUACUGGUGAUAAGCUUGAAACUAUCGAAGGUCACAUUCAACUUAAGAAUAUAAAUUUCAUUUAUCCAACUCGCCCUGAAGUUAAAGUUUUAAAUGAUGUAUCAUUGGAUGUUGAACCUGGUUCUACAGUUGCGCUCGUUGGUUCUUCGGGUUCUGGUAAAAGUACAAUCGUAUCUCUCGUACUUCGUUUUUAUGAUCCCAUAUCAGGUGGUGUAUUUAUUGAUGGACAUGAUAUCAAAUCACUCAAUUUAACGUGGGUUAGAAGACAAAUAAGUCUUGUAAGUCAAGAACCUAUCCUUUUUAAAACUACUAUAGCCGAAAAUGUAUCUUAUGGAUUAAUCGGUUCUAUUUAUGAAAGUUUACCUGAUAACGAAAAACGUGAAAUGAUUGAGAAUGCUUGUAAGAUGGCUAAUGCACAUGAUUUUAUUAUGAACCUCCCUGAAAAAUAUGAAACUAUGGUUGGGGAACGUGGAAUUUUAUUAUCUGGAGGUCAAAAGCAACGUAUCGCAAUCGCUCGUGCUAUUAUUAAGGAUCCAAAGAUUUUAUUACUCGACGAAGCUACUAGCGCUCUUGAUACAGCAAGUGAGGGAAUAGUUCAAAAUGCAUUAGACAAAGCUUCAAUGGGUCGCACAACAAUAGUUAUUGCACAUCGUUUAACCACUAUUCGCAAUGCGAAUAAGAUUAUUGUGAUGAAUAAAGGUGUUAUUGUGGAAUCGGGUACACACAAAGAGCUUAUGGAUAAAAAAAGUUUUUAUUCUAAACUUGUUGAAACUCAACAGAUUCAACAGACUUCAAAGGUUGAAGUAAAUCUGAAUGAGAAUGAACCGGAUUUAUUUAUAAUUCCACCUAUAGAUGAUGUUACUAUUAAGGACACUAUCAAGGAUAAUGAAAAUCAGAUUAUUUCGGCCAAACAAAAGGCUGAUACUGAAAUGGGUGAAAAGCUUACAGAACGAAUUCGGUUCAUGUCUUUUGCAUCUAUUUUACGACAAGAUAUUUCUUUUUUUGAUGAAGAAAGUAAUGGUGUAGGUGUUUUGACUGGUCGAUUAUCAUUAGAUGUAACACAUGUUAAUGGUUUGGCGGGUUCUACAUUUGGAAAUCUAUUACAAGUAGUGGCUUCGCUUUGUGCAUCUUUCACAGUGGCAUUUAUAGUUGGUUGGAAGCUCACUUUGGUCUGCGCAUGUGCUGCACCUUUAUUAAUUGGAGCUGCUACAUUACGUAUAAAAAUGGUAAAUGGAUUCCAACAAAAAACUAAGAACGCCUAUGAAUAUUCCACUCAAAUAGCUAAUGAAGGAGCUAGUAAUAUUAGAACGGUCGCUGCUCUUAUUCGUGAAGAUGAUUUAUGGAAAAAAUAUCAUAAUUUAUUAGAUGGACCCAUGCGUCAAGGUUUUAAAAAUGCAUACUUAGCCUCCACUAUUUUUGCUUUUGGACAAAGCAUCUCCUUUUUAGUAAAUGCUUUAACAUUUUGGUAUGGUAGUAAAUUAUUUAUGGACGGUGAAUAUGAUCUUCAAAAAAUGUUUGUAGUUUAUUCGGCCAUUAUAAUUGGAUCACAGUCUAUUGGCCGUGCCUUUGCUUAUGCACCAGAUAUAGGGAAAGCAAGAUCUGCAUCUGCUACCAUAGUAUCAUUAUUAGAACGUGUUCCUGUGAUUGAUACAUGGAAUCAAGGUGGUGAAAAGGUUAAUACUAUCGAUGGUCACCUUAAAUUCACAGAUGUUUAUUUUCAUUAUCCGACUCGACCUAAUGUUCCAGUUCUCCAAGGUUUAAAUUUAGAAAUUAAGCCUGGUCAAUAUGCAGCAUUAGUUGGGACAUCAGGAUGUGGUAAAAGUACCACAAUAAGUCUUACCGAAAGAUUUUAUCAGUUGACGAGUGGCACAAUUACAAUUGAUGGAAUAGAUAUUACUAAAAUGAAUGUGAACAAUCUUCGAGAGCAUAUUGCACUUGUAAGUCAAGAACCAUCAUUAUAUGAUAUGACUAUAAAAGAAAAUCUUACUUUUGGAAGUCGACCCGGGCAAAAUAUUACACAAGAUGAUAUAGAAAAUGCAUGUCGAGAAGCAAAUAUUCAUGAAUUUAUUGUUGAAUUACCUGAUGGAUAUGAUACUCGAGUUGGUGGAAAAGGAACACAACUUUCAGGUGGACAAAAGCAACGAAUUGCCAUCGCCAGAGCACUUAUUCGAAAUCCAAAAAUUUUAUUACUUGAUGAAGCAACAUCGGCCUUAGAUUCGGAAUCAGAAAAGGUUGUACAAAAAGCACUUGAUGCUGCAGCUCACGGAAGGACAACCUUAGCAAUUGCGCAUAGAUUAUCAACAAUUCAACAUGCAGAUGUUAUAUAUGUUAUAAAAGAUGGUAAAGUUCAUGAACAAGGCACACAUCAAGAACUAUUAAAACUUAAAGGAACUUAUUAUACGAUG